GGCAACUGACGGUAUUGAAAAUUGGAUAUAUGUCAGAUCAUCACGGGCCAGCUCAGGUUAAUUGCUGGAAAGACCCUAUGAGUCCCUCGCAAUGGAAAGAAGAGCACUUUGUGAUUGUAUCUUUGUCUGGAUGGGGUUUGCUUUUUUACGGUGGAUACAAGUUGUUCACUGGAGGCAAGAAGAACAAAGAAGAGUGCUGUUGGACUAAAAUUCAGACCUCAUUGUUGUGGUCCCCAUCUUCUCCCUGCUCUCCCAAGCUGGCAGCAGAGCCUGUCGUAUUGCCUGUCUCUUCUGUUUCCUUAUCAUGCUCAACGUCAAGGAAAUGUGGAAAGAGUGGAGGACUAGUGGAUGAACAAACAAGACUGACCUCACUUGGCUCUCUCAGUAAAUAUAGAUUAAUGUGUCACAGAUAGAGUGCUGCUUGUCAUCUCAAAUUGGUUCUCAAACUGCUUCCCCUCUCUCUCUCUCUCUUAGAAGAGCCACAGAAUUUGUGAUGCUGAUCGGUAAGGAACUGAGGAAGUAACGAGAUUUUGAAGGAUACAUGUGCAUGGCAUGGACAGGUCAAAAGGUUUGGGCAUAUAUUUAGCAACAAGCAUGUUAAGUGAACUCUUUUAGUACCUCACUGGCCUUUUAAUUGGUUGACCUUUAUUAAGGAAAUGAUGUACAUGAGAGAGGAUUAGCACAUUGUAGUAACUUCAACCCAAACCCGAAGCAUUGAUAAGGUUGAGUAAAACCAAACAGAUCAGAUACAAAAGCCUAGCUUCACUCUUAAGUAUAAAUCCAUGGAAAUAUCUGUA